AUGGCGGCGCCGGGGCCCGGCGGGGGCUCCUCGGGCGGAGCCGCGGGGGGAGCCCCGGGGCCGGCCCCGGAGCUGCAUCCCCGCUGCGGGCGCCUCGUGUCGCUGUCGCAGGGCGGGCGCAGCGCCGCCAGGGCCCAGCCCGGCCAGGAGUUCAACCACGGGCUGGUGCUGAGCCGGGAGCCGCUGAGGCCCGGGCGCGUCUUCACCGUGAGGAUCGACAGGAAGGUGAACUCGUGGAGCGGCUCCAUCGAGGUGGGCGUCACCGCGCUGGACCCGGCCGAGCUGGAGUUCCCCAGCAGCGCCACGGGGCUGCGCGGCGGCUCCUGGGUGCUCUCGGGCUGCUCGGUGCUGCGCGACGGGCGCUCCCUGCGCGAGGACUUCGGGCCCGACCUGGACGCCGCUGGCGAGGGCGACCGCGUGGGCGUCGAGGCGACGGGCGUCGGGCGCCAGCCUCUGGGUCAACGGGCGCGACUGGGCGUGGCGGCCGCCGGGCUGCCCCGCGUCUGGGCCGUGGUGGAUCUGUACGGCAAGUGCACCCAGGUCACCGUGGUGCCGCCCGAGGUGGCGCCCGGCGGCAACGCCGGGGGUGGCGCCGGGGUGGCACCGGCACGGCGGGCGCUGAGCGAGACGCAGGAGCUGGAGGAGGCGGGGGGGGAGAGCGCCGCGGCUGUGCCAGUGUUCAACAACGGCGUGGUGCUCACCAACCUCGCCGGCCACGCCGCGGCGGCGCCCUCGGAUGUUCAACAGUGUACUUUGGGUUUUUGGGGUGCCCUGAGCCCGUGGCCCCCCCAGAUCCGCAUCGACAAACUGGUGGACAAAUGGUCGGGCUCCAUCGAGAUCGGGGUCACCGCCCACAACCCCAACAGCCUCGAGUACCCGGCCACCAUGACCAACCUGCGCUCAGGGACGAUCAUGAUGAGCGGCUGCGGGAUCCUGACCAACGGCAAAGGGACGCGCCGGGAGUACUGCGAGUUCAGCCUGGACGAGCUGCAGGAGGGUGACCACAUCGGGCUGACCCGGAAGGCCAACAACGCCCUGCACUUCUACAUCAACGGCGUGGACCAAGGUGGGCCCGCCGGGUCCCCCCCCGCGUGUCUGCUGUUCCACCCCAACUGCGGCCAGAAGGCGGCCGUGGUCAACGAGGGCCGGACGGCGCCGCGGCCGCACGCCACGGAUGACUUCAACCACGGCGUGGUGCUGAGCGCGCGGCCCCUCGGGGACAACGAGCUGUUCCAGGUGCGCCUGGACAAGAUGGUGGACAAGUGGGCGGGGUCCAUCGAGAUCGGCGUCACCACCCACAACCCCGCCUACCUGCAGCUGCCGUCCACCAUGACCAACCUGCGCUCAGGCACGUGGAUGAUGACCGGUAACGGGGUCAUGCACAACGGCACCACCGUGCUGGACGAGUACGGCCACAACCUGGACCGCCUCAAGGCGGGGGACACGGUGGGCGUGGUGCGCAGGGACGAUGGCACCCUGCACUUCUUCGUCAACGGCGUCGCCCAGGGCCCCGCGGCCUGGAACGUGCCCCCCAACGUGUACGCCGUGGUGGAUCUGUACGGGCAGGCGGCACAGGCCACCAUCGUGGACGAGGGAGAGGUGCCGUCGCUGCUGGGGGACGGCUCGGAGGGUGACAGCGGCGGUGGCAGCCCCGAGGGCGCGUCCCCGGGCGCGUCGCCGAGCGACCUGCGCUUCCACCGGCUGCACGGCGCCAACGCCGUCAUCACCAACGGCGGCCGCACGGCGCUGCGCCAGAACUGCCGCUCCGAGUUCAACGACGCCAUCGUCAUCUCCAACCGGGCCCUGCGGGACGGGGAGCUGUUUGAGAUCGUCAUCCAGAAGAUGGUGGAUCGAUGGUCGGGGUCCAUCGAGGCCGGUGUCACCGCCAUCCGCCCCGAGGACCUGGAGUUCCCCAACACCAUGACGGACAUCGACUACGACACCUGGAUGCUCAGUGGCACGGCCAUCAUGCAGGAUGGGAACACCAUGCGCGACAACUACGGCUGUGACCUGAACAACUACCGCUGGACGUGGCCGCACGGGGCGGCGACGGGCAUGAUGCGCACGGGGGGAGGGGACCUGCGCUACUUCAUCGAUGGCACCGACCAGGGCGUGGCCUGCUCGGGGCUGCCACCAGAGGUGUACGCCGUGGUGGAUCUCUAUGGUCAGUGUGUCCAGGUGUCCCUGACCGGCGCCCCCGGCCCCACGGACAACAGCCAGAGCCCGGGGGCGGGGCCGGACAAAGCCCCGCCCCCUUCACCAGCUCCGGGGCCGUGCCAGCGCCAUGACUGCUGUGGCCAGAACAUGACCGCACUGACCACACCAGCCCUACACCACACUCCAAUACCACUCUGUGUACCCGCGGGGGCCUGGCGCGCCACGUCUGCCAGUGUGACCACGGGCUACCACACUGCCAGCACUGCCAUCACACUGACCACACUGGUGCGCAUCGAGGCCCUGGACGAGCGGUGGGCGGGGUCACUGAGGGUGGGGCUGACGGCCCUGCCCCCCCCCGGCCCCCCCGCCCUGCCCCCCUCCCUGCUGGACCUGCCGGCCCCGCCCACCUGGGCGGUCACCGGGGCCGAGGUGCGGCACAACGGGAACCAGGUGCGGCACAACUACGGCGUCAGCCUGGACAGACUGACGGUGGGGAACCGGCUGGGCGUGCGCCGGGGCCCGGACGAUUCCCUGCACCUGGUGGUGGACGGGCAGGACAUGGGACCUGCGGCCACCGGGGUGGCCAAGAACGCGUUCGUGGCCCUGGACCUGUACGGGCGCGUCACGGCCGUGUCCAUCGUCAGCGCGGGGGGCGGGGCGGGCGGCGGGGGCGGGGACGGCCCCUCCCCCACCCCCAGCCCCUCCCCCAGCCCCUCCCCCAGCGAGCCCCAGCCCCUCCCCCCGCCCGAAGGGGACGGAGGCGAUUGGGGCCCCCCGACGUUCCUGGGCUGCCACGGCAAGAACAUCCUGCUGUCCAACGGGGCGCGCACGGCCACGCGCGUCAGCAGCUACAACCAGGGGCUGGUGCUGGUGGGGCAGCCCCUCCCCCCGGGGCGCCUCUUCCAGGUGCAGAUCGACGCCCUGAACCCGCAGUGGAGCUCCUCCCUGGCCCUGGGGGUCACCGGGGCCCCCGCUCCCCCCUGCCGGCCUGCGCCCACGGCCUCAAGCGGCCGGCCUGGAUCCUGCAGCGCCGAGCCGUGUUCCACAACGCCAGGAAGAUCCGGGAUCUGCCCGGGCCCUCGCUGGAGCUGCUCCCGGCCGGCUCCGUGCUGGGGUGCCGCUGGUGGACAGCACUUUCAUCCGGGGUACCAGCAGUCGUGGGGUGCCCAGCCCCUGCUACGUUGGGAAGCCCCCAAAUGCUCGAACCUCUACGGGCAGUGCCAGCAGGUGACGAUCGUGGCCGAGGGUCCGGCCGGGGGGGGCUCCCCCAGCGGGGACCCCCGAAACCGGGGGGACGUGGAGAAGGCCGACGUGGUGGAUGGGGUGAAGGAGAGCCUGAGCUGGGGCCCCCCCGCGCCCCCCCAGCCCUGCCCCUACCAGGCCCUGCUGGCUGUUGGGGGUUGGGGGCGUUCAGACGAGUACUUCGCCCCCGAGCCGCGGCGCAGCCGCUGCUUCUGCCAGGGCUGUGAGCGGGGGGGGGGCGACCCCCGGGACCCCCGGGAGCCCCCCCUGCCCCUGGGCUGGUGCCGCUUCAGCCUCAGGCUCCGCCCACUCGCGCUCAGGCCCCGCCCCCCCGGGCUCGGGGCCCCGCCCCCCCGGCCCCGCCCCACUGGUGCUGUCCCCGGCCCUGGGUACGCGGCCAUGGAGACAUUCGCCAGCCGCGUCACGUUCCGGGAGCCGGGCUGGCCGCGGCCCCGGGGGGCUCAGGUGGCCUUUGAGGUUUGGGUCCGUCCGGGCUCCUUCCGGGCCGGGCCCCCCUCGCUGAGCCCCCCCCCAGCCCUGGAGCCCCCCCAGGGGCUGGACCCCGCCCAGCUGGAGUGGGUGACCAAGGAGCCGGGGGCCACCGUGCUGGCCGGGCUGCUGGUGCGCGUGGACUGAGCGGGAAACGGCCCCGAAAACGGGGAAAUCAGCCCCAAAAUGGGGGGGAAUCAUCCCCAAAAUAUGGGGGGAGUCAGCCCAGAAAUAU